AUGUGGAAGAAGGAGGGCAAAGAUGUCCCUUGGGCGCUGUGCUUUGGCGUACCACCAGCUGCUAUCAUGGCGUCCUCAAUGCCCAUUCCUGACGGUGUUACCGAGGCGGGCUACGUCAGCGCAAUGACUGGCCGUCCGUUGGAACUUGUUAAGAGCGAUACAAAUGAAUUGUACGUGCCAGCAAAUUCCGAGAUUGUUUUCGAGGGCACAUUGUCAAUCACCAAGACCGGGGACGAGGGUCCUUUUGGAGAAAUGCACGGCUACGUAUUCCCUGCGGACACCCACAAAUUUCCGUUGUCUGGCCUGCCUAUCAUGGAUGCAUUCUCUCCAUCUGAGUCGCAGGUGACCUGGGUCGCCCUCAAGGUUGAUACUCGUAGUCUACGAGAAUUGAAAUGGACACUCAAGGAGCUGCAGAAGAAGGUUGGCGACGUGGUAUUCGCCCACAAAGCUGGCCAUACUAUACAUAGGCUUGUUCUUGUUGGAGAAGACAUCGACGUUUAUGAUGGGAAAGAUGUGAUGUGGGCCUUUUCAACCCGAUGCCGCCCUAACGCCGACGAGACAUUCUUCGAGAACGUCCGAGGGUUUCCUCUCAUCCCUUACAUGUCUCACGGCACUGGUCCCCCAAACAAAGGCGGAAAGGUUGUUUCGGAUGCCCUUUUGCCAGCAGAGUACAUCUUUGGGGCCGAUUGGGUGGCUGCUGACUUUGAGAAUUCUUAUCCCGAGGAUAUCAAAGCAAAGGUGCGUGGAAGGUGGGAGUCGCUCGGUUUCAAGAGCCUCGAUUAG